UCAAUUGGGGUGGUUAUUCACUGUCGAGAUCCCUGUCGUACUGGUUGAUUCGCCCCUCUGUGCAAGUCGCCUUGGAUGUGGUUUAACGAGGAGUUAGUGGAAAUAUUCAGUGCUUUCCUUUGAGCUACGUGACCGGCUUAUUUAGGGGUUAAUUUGACCAGGAAAAUUUCCUCUCCCCAAUUGGAAAUGAACUGCCCAUGAAGGGUGUGGAAAUUUCGGGAGUGGAUAAACACAUUUGGCGAUAAUGUUGCAAUUUGCGGUGUAUUUAAAUUGAGUGCUCAGUGUCGAGAAUAAAAAGCUGAAACCUAUAUUUGAGACAAUAGGACGAGUGUUGAGAAAGUGCUAAAAUUCGUUGAGCUUCUUCACAAAUCAUCCUUGUGCUUCGUGAAAAAGUAAAAAAAAAAAGUGCUGUGUUGGCCAAAUAUUAGGCGGUUUGAGGAACUCUCUAUUCUUGUGUGUGGUUAAUUCUCUCAGUGAACAGACAAGAGGCUUCGCGAAAGUGCUUCGUGGGCAAGUCCAGGACAUUCUAUGAGCAUUUUCUGGCUUUUGUGCCGCCAAAGCCAGCCAAAGUUGACCUCCUGCGAACUCUACUGGGACCAGUUGGAUCACUGGGCGUCGCUGCGAUUCUUCUCAUGACGCGCUGGUGGUGGUUUCGGGCAUGCAACAAUCCCAGUCCCCAUGAGAAUGGCAGUCUGCCCUCCGCCACAACCGUGGAAGAGCUGAAGGGCGCCACAUCCUCCUGCGUAAAUAACAGAUGUCCUCCCAAUGAUGGUGUCGUGACGAGCUCAAAUGUUCUAAAUGCUGCUCAAACGCUGUCAACUUGCAUCCAACAGUUGGGAAAUGCCACACCAGCUCCGGAUCCACUCACGGCGGGCAUCAUCAACACGUGGCUCGACACGCACUUGCCGCGCCAGGACAUCGACGAGCGCCUGCGACGUCUGCAAAGCGACAAGGAGUCGCUGGCGCUUCAGGUGCAGGUGUUGUCUGAGCAAGUGGCGGCGCAGAAUGAGAAGAUCAGCGACCUGGAGCGAAUGCUGACGGAGAAGACGCAACUGCUCAGCAAUGCCGAUGAUCUGCUGCACCGAGUAAGCGUAUUUGCCACUUUGGUUGGCGUCCAGAUUGACAAACAAAAAGAAAUGCUGUCGCGAUCUUCUCUGGAGACGCAGAAGCUGGAACUCAUGUCGGCCAUGAGUGAGCUGAAGCUGCAACAGGCGGCGCUGGAGAGGGAGAAUCUGGAGUUGCGGACGAGUCAGAUUAACAACAAUUCCAUCAUGAACAGGCGGCCUCCGAUGGCACCCAGUCGCGCUUUGGCUGGCUUUCCGGCGACACCGCCGCCACACGGAACGAGCGGCGGAGGCUCUCUGACGUCCACCCCACUGGGCGGCAGCCACGGGAAUCUGCAGCAGCACUCGACAUCCACGCCCGCCACUCCCAAGACUCCUCCGGCCUCUUUCCGGCGCCAGGUGGACGUGGUGCACUACAACAGCCUGCCGCGGCAGAGCUUCCCCACGGCCACGACUGUGGCGGGCGGCGGCGGCGGCCAGGAGGGCGCCAGUGUGGCCACGACGGACUCAAACGCCAACCCGAAGCAGCGCAAUGUGGCUUUCGCUGAAACUGAGAAAGUUAUUGAAGACAAUCAUGAGCUGUCGCGCAGUUUCACGCCUCAGCCUUCGCCUUCGCCCAGUGCAAAGGCCAAGAGCAGCUUCCGUAGCAUCUUUGGGAAGAUCAGGCGCAGCAAUUCGGGCACUCUGGAGGACUUGCCGGCUUCGGAGGCGGGAGAUUUCCGCCGUGGCGGCUUCCGGAGCACCGCGGGAGCGCGACUAGGCUGGAGUGGCAAUCUGCAGGCGCGCCCUGAGCGUCCCUUUGGCGAGUGGGACGUGGACAGCGUGUGUUCGUGGCUGGAGGAGCUAGGCCUGGGUGAUCACGAGGAGGAGGCCAGGCGAUGGCUGAAGCAUGGCGGAGUGGAACUCGUCAAGGCGUCGCCGGUGGACGUGGAGAAGGAAUUGGGACUGAAGAGUCCACUGCACAGGAAGAAGAUCGUCCUGGCGCUGGCGGAAGUGACAGGGAAGGAGAGUGAUGAACUGUUUAGAAAUGCUGGGAAACUCGAUUGUGCUUGGAUUUUGCGAUGGUUGGACGAUGUUGGGCUGCCACAGCACAAAGACACCUUCUCAGCUGCCAGGAUGGAUGGCAGGAUGCUGCACAAGUUGACAAUGGAGGAUCUGGCGACGCUUCAUGUCAGUUCCAGUCUUCAUGCGGCGAGCCUGCGACGAGGCAUUCAAGUGAUGCGCGACAACAACUUCUCGCCCGACUGCCUCAUCCGGCGCUCCGGCGGCGAAGUGACGGAGAGUGAGGGGAAUCAGGUGACGCUCUGGACGGCACAUCGCGUGAUGGAGUGGCUCCGCGUGGUGGAUUUGGCUGAGUAUGCGCCCAAUUUGCGCGGCGCUGGCGUUCAUGGGGCGCUCAUGAUGCUCGAGCCGCGCUUCAAUGCUGAACUAUUGGCCGAUUUGCUUAGCAUUCCGCCCAGCAAAACGCUGCUGCGUCGACAUCUUGCCACCCACUUCAAGGAGCUUCUGGGACGUGACGUGAUCCAGAGCAAGCGUGAUGCUGAGAAUGUACUUGGCUACACUCCGCUCACGCUCACGGCCAAGAUUAAGACGCCGAAGAAGUCGCAGUUCUCACUGAAGCGCAAGAAGAGCUCCAAAGGUGGCGACGAGUGGAGUGACUAUGUGUGUCCCAUGGGCUCCUCAGGUGACACUCCAGUUCUAUCGUCUUCUAACAAAGCCGUUUCCACGAAGAGUCGAGCACUUCCGGAGGUCGUGGGCGCGUCCGAGGCUGUCUCUCAGCCGCCAACUAGCGACUCACCAACGUCCUCGCGCUCCUCGGCGUCCUAGCAGCGCGCCGUGGCGUCCCUGCCCAUGUCGCCGGCCCGGCCUGGUGGGGCGUCGACCUCGGUGCAGCGCAGCGCCUCCUUCAACGCCACGUGCACGGUGCCGAUGAAGGUGACGGCGCCGCCGAAGGUCAAGAGUUCAGCCUCGUUCAGCAACUGCAGCCUCAUUGCACGCGUCACGAAGUCCGGCCAGCUCAACGCCAACAUCGUCACGUCCUCCAUUCUCAGGCUCGCCAGCGACUCCAAGGGCCGCCCGCCGGUGCCGCCGCCGGCCACUACUCCGGCCCAGCCGCAGCCACAGCAGACAGACUACAAAAACAGCUUCAGAUACGGUAAAUGCGUGGAUUACUACGUGUAAACUCUCAACGCAUUGACGAAGAGCAAACAUUACGACGGCGAUACAGGAAUUUUUGCACAUAAAGAGCUAUAAUUUUCCCCCCUUCAGAGAGUUAGAUAUGAAAAAAAAAUCGUUAAUGGUUUCGAUGGGCUUUUCGUGUGGCAAAAGCUCAAUGAGAGACACAAGAUAAAGGAUGAAGAAAAAUCAUUCAAUGAAUCCCAUUUUGGACCAGUUUUAGUGCCAAGAAGAUGAAAAAAAAAUUGUUAAAUGCGACAAAAAAACUUUCUUACAAAUGUUAGAGGAAAAAAAACUUUUUAGGCGGUAAACAAGAGCAUUUUAUACCAAGAAAUCACAAUCACACGUCAUUGUAAAUAAUGAUCAUCAUUCGUAGCUUUUUCUUCUUUUUUUAACGUAUAAUUGUUUUUCCUUUCAACCUAAUUAACUUACCAAAGACAAUAACUCUGAAGAAAUAAUGUCUAGAGUCAGUUUCUUCAUUCCCUUCAAUUGAGUGUGUUCUGAAUAAGAAAAAAAUGAACAGUGUUGAAUUUCUUGGCCUUUUGCCUUUCUUGAGACACGCAUAAAUUUACAAGGUUAGUCAGAUAAAUUGUAGCUAAGCAGAUCUAGUUAAAUACUAAUCAUCAUUAUGCCUGAGUUAAGCGAUUGUAAUAAUCUACCAUAUUUAAAAAAAAACACACACAUGAGUAUUUCAUAGGCAGUUAAUCAAUUGUAUUAAUUUAUUGACAGGAUUUACUAAGAAUUUGAUAGAUUGUAAAACGGGCGAAUAAAUGGUUCACGACAGAA